AUGUGCAACGACAGGGAAGGUAACCUGUUGACAGAUAAGACAGCGGUAGCGGCCAGGUGGAAGGAGCACUUCCAACAGCUGUUGAACGGUGAGACGCGAGAGGGAAUCGUCGAGGACAGGAUGAACGUUGAGGAUGAUGGAACAGCUGUGGACCCGCCUACGUUGGAGGACGUGGAAAAAGCCGUAAAGGAGCUCAAGAACGCGAAAUCCGCGGGAAAGGACGGACUUCCGGCCGAACUUUUCAAGCACGGGAGCGCGCGGAUGAUCGAGAUUCUGCAUCAAAUCGUCCAGCGAAUUUGGUGCGAAGAACAGCUUCCGACCGACUGGUUAGACGGGCUCAUCACCCCAAUCUACAAGAAAGGGCAAAGACUCGAUUGUGGCAACUAUCGAGGCAUCACAAUCCUCAACUCAGCGUACAAAGUACUAUCCCGAAUCCUGUGGAGCAAGCUGAGACCGUUGACCGAGACCUUUGUCGGCGAAUACCAGUGCGGUUUUCGAGCGGGUCGGUCAACGACGGACCAGAUGUUCACUCUGCGACAAAUCCUCGACAAGUUCCGGGAGUACAACCUGCAAACACACCAUUUGUUCAUCGACUUCAAGGCGGCGUACGAUUCAGUCAAAAGAAACGAACUUUGGAAAAUUAUGCUAGAACACGGCUUUCCGGCGAAGCUAAUUAGACUGAUUCGUGCAACGCUCGACGGAGCAAAAUCAAGCGUGCGAAUAGCUAACGAGACAUCUGAAGCAUUCGUUACGUUGGAUGGAUUGAAGCAGGGCGAUGCUCUCUCUAACUUACUGUUCAUCAUAGCAUUGGAGGGUGCUGCUCGAAGGGCAGGCGUGCAAAGAAACGGAACACUCAUCACUAAAUCGCACAUGCUGCUUGGAUACGCUGACGACAUCGACAUCAUUGGUAUUGAUCGUCGUUCAGUGGAGGAGGCGUUCGUCCCUUUCAAGCGGGAAGCUGCGAAGAUCGGACUGACCAUCAACACUGCCAAGACCAAGUAUCUGGUUGCUGGCAGAGCGCGUGGCAGUGCAGGUGAUGGUGUUUCGGAGGUGGAAAUAGAUGGAGAAAGAUAUGAGGUGGUGGAUGAGUUUGUAUAUCUUGGUACACUUGUGACGUGCGACAACGAUGUGAGCUGCGAAGUGAAACGGCGGAUUAGUGCUGCAAACAGGGCCUUCUACGGUCUUCGUAGCCAGCUAAGGUCCCGCAGCCUAAGGACGCCUACGAAAAUCACGCUGUACAGGACCUUGAUACUCCCUGUAGCUCUUUACGGUCACGAGUCGUGGACGCUAAAGGAGGCUGACCAGAGAGCACUUGGGGUCUUCGAGCGGAGAAUCCUGCGUUCUAUCUUCGGCGGCAAGCAAGUAGGAGACCGGUGGCGCAGGCGCAUGAACUUCGAGCUGUAUCAAGACUACAAACAUGCUGAUAUCGUAAAAGUCAUCAAGCACGACAGGCUAAAGUGGGCUGUACAUGUAGCCAGAAUGUCGGACGAGCGGGCGGCUAAAACGAUAUUCAGCAGCGAACCUGGACGGGGUCGUCGGCUUCGUGGAAGGCCUCGUACGCGUUGGCUGUGUGCAGUCGACGAAGAUGCAAGAGCGGCCAACAUUGUGGGCGACUGGAGACGAGCGGCCCAAGAUCGAGCAUCCUGGAAAUCUUCGAUUAGUUCAGCGUUGGGUCGAUAG